GAGAGAAAGAGAGAGAGAGAGAGACGGUGAGAUCGUAUUAGUAGAUGACGAUGGUGCGAGCCGGGACGGGCGAGACCUGGGUUCGGCAAGAGGGGGGGAGGGGGGGCAAUCCUAGGCCCCCAGAUGUGCCUUUUCCUCCACUAGGAGCCGGAGACGGCGUCUUCGACGUCAUCAUUCCAAGCACAUCAUCGCCUUCUCUUCCUUCUCCUUCUCACGUCGACGGAGACCUCGCGGGGUUGCGAAAAGGGGACGGCGGCGGGCGGAGUGGAUGUUUACUUGUGCUAUUGACUCCCAACUCCCAACUACGCUUCCUCCACGGCACUCUAUCACCCGUCUUAUGCUAUCCGCCUAUGUAUACACCAACCCAUUACCUUGUACCGCCCGCCGAGUCUUCAGGGGCCCCCCUCGGCCUUCUUCCUCCCUCCGAGUUGGAACUCCGACAGAUCCUUACGUCGCCGAGGCCCUGCUAUGCCAUACCCAAUUUUUCUGCAUCCGCACUACUUCUCGCCCUAGGCACCCUUGCCAGGCUCGCCGGAUUGGCGGUCACCAAAAGUGCAACUCAGCAUCGUCUUCAGCUAUCGCAAUGCGCCGCGCCUGCUACAGGUAGUACAGCGAGUAUAGGGAGUACAGGGAGAACAGGGAGUCGGUCGACAAACCCACCUGCUCGUAAGAGAUAAGAUAGAUACGUGACAUUGCACUCUGUUCUAUUGAAUACACGAGACAAGAUACCGCACAGCACCAACCCAGCCAUCCCUCCCACAGUUCUGGGAAUAAAUUUGCUUAUUCCAGACUUCGCACCCACCCACGCCUGCCUUUUUGUUCCAGAAACCAUUAGUGUGCAAGGUCGCAACGACGAGACUCCGGCGGACCAUCAAGUGCCAUCCCACCCCUCCAACACCUGAACAACGUCGGCGCCGACAACACCCAGGUUAUCAGACAGGAGAGCAACUCAA